AUGACCUUGCCCUUGUCUGUCCCUUCACUCAAUGGGAGAACAAUCCUUGCAUACUUCUGCAAUGUUCGCUCAUUAUUACCCAGUCAGCGCAUUGUUCAGAAUGCAAUGGAUGCUGUAACACUUCAUCAGGAGAAUGGCACCAUGGCAAACUCAAUUGCAUUGCAUCUUUUGAAACUACUUUUUAUGGUGCGACUGGCACAAGCUUUGGACCUGUCGGAUAUGGGCAUCAAAACGGAGAUCCGUUAUGUAGAUGCUUCCAAACUAUGCAACCCAGGAUGUAAACAAAAUGAAUUCUGUUGUGUAGAUACCGAAAAAAGCAAAAAACAAAGAUUCUGUACUCCAAAAAAUGGUGGCAAGAAUUGCUAUGAAGCUAUCUUAGGCAAGACAUUUCUGUUUGGCAUUGAAGGAGCAUGGGAGCCAUAUGCAUUUCAAGACAAUAAAACAGGAGAGGCCAUAGGAUUCCUGCAUGAUGUUAUCAAAGCACUGUGUGCCAUUUGUGGCAAGAAAUGUGACACUGUGUUCAUUGCAGAACACCUUGACCGCUGUUAUGACCCAGAGAAAACAAUGGGUGAAGGUCUAGAUAAUCGGCACUUUGAUGCUUGUAUUGGCUGGGCAAGUACUCAAUACAGGAGAAACACAUAUUCAUUCUAUGGGGCACUUGUGGAACCUACAAAGGCUCAAGUGUAUGUGAAGAAAGGCUCUGGGAUGUCGAAAGUGGAGCAGCUAGAAGGAAAAACAAUAG